AUGUCCACAAGGCUACUGCAGAAACAAAGUCUGAGCGCCGCGUUUACCAAACCCUUCCAGAUGAACCGUCUCGAUCUUGUAAACGCGGACUUGCGGCAUUCAGACCUGGCCGGUUUCUGCGGCAUUUCCGAUGGUUCAGGCUGGAUGGUAUUCACUCAGUCGUACAACACGGGUGACUGCAGACUUCUCAGCUCUGGGCGCGAGUACACGGGCGAGUCAAUAUUGAGCUCGGGUGCCGACCGGAAACUAUCACCAUAA